UCACCUGUAUGCGAUUUGGAAACUAGCGCUGACAUAUUUUGUGAUUUGAGUUUGAGAGUCUACCAGGUGGAAGGCAACAAUUAAGGUUGUUAAUGGUUGAAAUUUUGUUGACCCAUCUCGAGUGAAAUCACACCAGGGAAAUCUGUUUUACUUUGGUGCAUUGCUACUGAAUAAUAAAGUGUUCCCUUAUAUAAUUUUCUUCCAUUCGUUUGGGAACACCUCUGCUAAGAACUUCUUUGUCCUACAAAAGAAGUUAAAUUUGAAUAUGAAAAUGCAUGCGGCGCAGUCGAAUGAGGAUAACGUUUUAGAUUGUGAAAACGGUUCAUAUUAUGGUGAAAAUGGCAAUGUAAAUAAUGGAAUUGCUGAAUAUGGGCCCUCUGGGGAAGAUGUAUUUUCAGAGUAUUUAUGGAUGGAAAAUGAGGAAGAAUUCGAUAAAGAGGUCAUGCAACGUCUUGAGGAAGAAGCCCUGAUGGAACAGUGUAUUGAGGCUAUGUUAGCCGAUGAAACUUCUGAUUCUGUAUCCAGUUCAGGUAGAGGAGUUCAAGGAAGAAGUAGUAACGAACCUACUUGUCCUAGAACAACAAGUAACGACAUAUCUAGUAUGGUCAGUAACUUGAAACUGGAUUCAGCGGAGGUGGUAAAAGGAAGUAAUCUCAACCCCCUCGCUGCAGAAUUCAUACCAGGUGCUCGUUCUCCAUCCCAGUCCACAUCUUAAUUCUGUUUGAUCCAUAUUCCAUCCCUCCAUUUUUGUAAAUAUAACCGAUUUUCACCAACAACUUAUAGCUGUACUUUCCUAUGAAGUAAUAUGAAUUAUUUCUUCCAAUUGUGCAUAAAAAUGACUGGUGAGUAAUCACUGAUUUGAAUGUAUAGAAUUUGUUAAAGUAUUUCUUUCUAUUUAGUUAUUUCAGUAUUAUUACAUUUUAAAUACCUCUCGAACAUUGUUUUGUAUUAUAUGCUAAUGUUUUCAUUUAGAAAUCAAUCGAAUCUCAAAUCACUUAAUAUUUAACUUUUAUUUAGAUUAAAAUCUCUUAAUGAUUGUUUUUAAUCUAGUCUCAAGCCACAUUUUUAUGCAUAAUUAUUUUCAUUUUCAAAUCUUAUAGUAACAAAUAAGGCACGACUUAAUGUUUCUCUCGUUUGAAAAUUAUCAGCAUUUUCGAUUGGAAGUACUUAAAAUUAUUCAUAUGUAGGAAAAAUCUCAAAGUGGCAGCUUUGUAAAGUGACUAAAUUUGUUUUUAUUUAUUGAGAUUAGUAAAAUAUAAUGGGAUUGAUCCGUUCUAUAUAUAAUUAUUUGAAACUGACUUUGUUGGUAUUCUUAAUUACAUGUAUUUGUAAAGCAAUUGAAUUUAACUGGUGAUCUUUUUCUUGAAUUAUAUGAAUUGUGAUACAUAUUUUCAGUAAUACUUGUAAUUAUAUUGAGUUAUCUGUAUAUUUAGAAUUUUAAACAGUCUUUAGCAUCCACUUAUAUUGACAUAAUUAUUUAAUUUAUACUUGAAAAGUGGAAGGUACCGCAUAAGAUACAGUUUGUCACUUCCAGAGGUGGCCAAAUGGAGGUUGAAAAUUGGUCAUCCAAAUAAAAUCCUUAAAUGUUCUAAAUUCCAACAAAUAUAGAUCUCAUGUUUAUAUGAAAUAAUUGCUACUGUAUAUCAUUUUGCAAUGUUUUCUUCAAUUUUCAAGUCAUUCAACGAAAUGUAAUAUUUAAUUGUUUCUUUUUCCUAAUGAAAAAUAUCUAUAUUGUAUGAAGUCAUCAUGAAAGUGAUGUUUUGAAACAGUUAUUUACAGUUAGCAAUUCAGUAGAUAAAUCAAUCUUGUUUUGUAUAUCUUGAGGAAAGUCAUUAAAAAAAACUAUUUAAUUAUUGAAAUGGGUUGGACAUUUUUCUUUGAUAACCAAAUAAAGAAUAAAACUGUUCUCGUCACAUUCUAUUCCACUACAAUUCUGAAAAUUGUGUGAUAUUCGGCUGUGCGAGUACCCCAAAAAAAAUAUAUAUUACAUAUAUCGUACCUUCUACAAUUGGAUGAAGCAGUAUGAGAAAUUGGAAAUCCAUAAAAUGAAAUAUAUUUCUACUCUUA